CCGCGCGCGGCGCUUGCCUGGCAGCCGGCCACCUUCUCUCCCCACCCCCCCGGCGGCUCUCGGAGCGCGCGCUCCGCUGGGAACCUCCUCCUCCUCCUCCUUCUCGUGCUCCUCCCUCGCUCACCUCAGCGAUGUCCGCGAGGGGCAUGGAGUUGGCCGGAGCCUAUAAAAGCCCCUGACAAGAACCCCAGCGCCACCGCCAGCACCGGCAAGCGAGAGCAAGGCGCCACACAGCGCGCGAGCGGCAGCAGCAGCAGCACGAGCCACAGCAGACGACGACGAGGAGGAGGAACCCGGGCGCCGCUGAGCCAUCACCAUCACCAUGUCUUGGGGUUACGGCAAGGACAACGGACCUGCUCACUGGCAUGAGAACUUCCCCAUUGCCAAUGGAGAGCGGCAGUCCCCAAUCAACAUCCAACCGAAGUCUGCCAAGUAUGAUGCCUCCUUGAAGUCCCUGAAUAUCAGUUAUGACCCAUCUGCAGCCAAAAACAUAGUGAACAAUGGGCAUUCCUUCAACGUGGAGUUUGAUGACUCUGGUGACAAAUGCGUGCUGAAAGGUGGUCCAGUUGAGGGAACUUACAAGCUGCUUCAGUUCCACAUUCAUUGGGGUUCCUGUGAAGGCCAAGGCUCUGAACACACUGUGGAUGGGGUGAAAUAUGAUGCUGAGCUUCAUUUGGUUCAUUGGAACACAAAGUAUGGUAGCUCUGGUGAAGCUGUGAAACAUCCUGAUGGUCUGGCUGUUGUGGGCGUGUUUUUGAAGGUAGGAAGUGCCUGUCCUGGAAUACAGAAAGUUGUUGAUGCUCUGGACACCAUUAAACACAAGGGCAAACAGGCUGCCUUCACAAACUUUGAUCCAACCGGUCUGCUUCCUGCCUCCCGUGAUUUCUGGACCUACCCAGGAUCACUGACCACUCCUCCUCUGCUUGAAUGUGUCACCUGGAUUGUUCUGAAGGAGCCCGUGACUGUCAGCAAGGAACAGAUGGACAAGCUCCGCUGCCUUUGCUUCAGUUGCGAGGGCGAGUCCCACUGUGCCAUGGUGGACAACUGGCGCCCUUGCCAGCCCUUGAAGACCAGGGAAGUUAGAGCCUCAUUCCAAUAAGCUGCGCCCAUUAAACAUUGCUGUGUCCUUGAGGGUUGAGUUAUUUUCCGCUAAGCACAAAUCAAACUACUGCCAUAUACAUGCACUGGCAACAUCUCUCUUCUCCCCCAAACCCCAGUGCUUUCUGCCUAUCAUCUUCUGACGUUUCUAAUAAUGAAGGCCAUAAAGUGUGGUUGUGUUUGCGGCAUGUUUGCAGUGUGUAUGCCAGGCUAAAGAGGGCAGGGAUGGGGAAUCAUGGUGUGGUGCUUGAUGAGAAUUGCUGUGAUUUUUUAUUUUUUGGUGCUGAGGCUGUAAUAGGAGAUCUUCAUUUGGCAGCUUGCCAAAGGAUAGGAUGAUAAGCAACAGAAAAAAUAAGCCAUUUUUUUAAAUUAAAAAAUAUAUAUAACCUCAUGGAACAUAUGAGGUUAAACGUACUCAGUAACUUGAAUCUUUCAUGGAAGCACAGGAAUGCAAUCUAAUAUGAACAUUUUACAUCUGAUUUAGAAGAAUACGUUGUAGCAACAUAGGCAUUGUAAUGCAAAAUUAGGACUGAGUUCUUAGCUUUUUAAAAAAGUUUGAAGUGUAAAUAUUUUAAUUGUUUUACAUUUUUAGCGAUAAAUCUGAAUCAUGUCUUAAUGUUAGUGUUAUUUUAUUUUUUUAAUUACAAAAAU